CUCCUGCAUAUUGUUUAAGGGCGGUCCGCCAAAUUCAAACAGUGAAACACGGAGAGAAAGGGCUGCGGUCGGUCCGGUGCUAAAACCCUGCAGAAACACACAACGGUUCCCCUCCUUCCCUUUGUUAGACUCUCAGUAUGGCGGCUGUGGUAAGUGGUCUUUGGCGGGCUCAUAGUGUCCUGGCGGACUCGGAGCCGAACAGCUCUCCUGAAGCUCCUCAGCAGAACCUCCGCAAGCUCCGCUCCUCCAGCUCCCUCAACUCUCUCAGGAUGUCCCUGCGAAAGAGGCUGCCCCUUAAGACCGUCCAGACCAACACCAAUGUCCCUGAGAAUCCCACCUGGGAGACCCUCGAGAUGAACAAGAAGACCAGUGCUGUGACUCAGAUCAAACGCUCCGCCAAGAACUCCAUUGGCAGCGCUUAUCAGAAAUUUCAGAGAAGCCGAGAAUCACGAGAAGAGUGUCUGGUGCGGACACCAGGGAGAAUUAUCGAAGGUGAAGAAAACGACUGUACAACUACAUGCACCCCUAAACGCCCGGCUUCUCGCAGUGCUGUUACCCCAAGACGCACUCCCAGGUCUGCAGUCAAGCACACUCCUCGAGGAGCACGCACCCCAGAGGCCAGUAGUUCUGCUGUGAGAGCAGUACGAACCCAAGGCGGCAGGAGACAGCUGGUACGCAUGGCGGCUCUUAGAAGCCCAUUCGCAUCACCUAACAGGAGGCAAUUUGAUCAAGAUCUGGACUGUGUAUCCAAAGGACUCCGGAGACUGAGGAGUAUAUCGCAAGCUUUCGAUGAUGUCAUUAAGAGAGAUGACCGGAAGCAGGCCAUGGAGCACUACAAAAGCGUGAUGGCUCAGGGCAUCGACUCGACCCAGAGCAACGUCUCUGGGAAAUUAAACCGAGCUUCCAUCCAGCAGCAGACUCGCCGCAUCCGGCAGAGAAUGGGCAGCUGGACCGACAGCGCUCUCGCAAACAUUCACAAAGCCACUUGAAGAGGGAUGCUUUCUGUUUUCAUUGUUUCCUGACUGUUCUGUGUCUUUGUCUGUGUGUGUGUAUGUGUAUGUGCACGCUCGAGGUUUGGCCUUGUUUGCCAGCUGUGGCCUCCUGAAGAGGUUCUUAAUGAGAACUCUUCACAGAAACUGUCCUUACUUUUUUCAAUGCUUUUUUUUCCCCUCUUGUAUAAUGUGACUCAAUACUGUGAUCUACUACCUUGCAGUUACUGUUCAAGGAUCCUCCAUUACUCUCAGUGUUGUGAAAAAAGCCAUCAAAUUGCAAAUUGCUCAUAUGUUUAAAUAUGCAAACUAAUGUCGAUACCAAAAUUUGGUGGAAGGAAAGCUAAAGACUAAAUACUACAAAAUUCUCAGUGUCACCAAAGGCUAGUCCGACUUUUUAUAUAUAUAUAUGUAUUUACAGUGUUUACCAUCUAAAUUGUUUACUUCUAACUGGUUUCUAUUUAAUACGCUACACUAACACUACACUUAACUGGCCUUAAUGGUGGGAAGCAUUACAAGUGUACUAACUUACUGCUUAACUAGUUUCUAGUUGUAUGUUACAGACUAUGCUUUAGACUGCCUCUUGUAUCGAGGUUUUAGUAUUCUUUAUCAUUUGUAAGAAGAGAUUAUUGCUACAAUAUAAAGGUCAUUUUAACAUUUCUACUCUUUGUUUACUAAAAAAUAAAAAGAUUAAUACUAAUUGCUAUAUACUGUUACUAAGCACUCUACAGUCCAGGCGAAGGGAGAAUGCAUUGUGCAAUGGACUGUUUUUGUGUUGGGGUCAGUAGCAUGACUUCUUGGGAAAAUGUGUUUGGGAUGCCAAAUAGCUGCAAAUUCCCUUUUCUUGUUUUUGUGUGAAAAAAAAAUGUUUAUUGUAAUAUUUAGUUUUAUGUUCUCUUUUUUUUUUUUUUCCUAUAAUGCAUUUACUAUUUUUCUAUCAAAUGUUUACCUUUUUAUACUGAUUGAUUAUGUUGAUAAUAAAUGCACAGUAUUCAACAGA